ACAUUUAUUUCGGUUUAUAUUGAGAACAGUUCACAGGUGUGCAACAGAACUUGCAACUACGGUGGAUCCCCCUGUUUUGGAAAGGUGCACUCGAAUCUUCGUCAGCGCAAAGAAGAUCUUUUAAAGAGGGCUAUUGAUGGCAGAAGCUGAACAAGGAGACCUUUUGGUGGUGAAAGAGGAGUGUAGUCAGGAUGACCGGAUUGAGCAAGAAGACGACGAAGAGGAGAUGACCCACGCUGAUGUGCUGGACAUCUUUGAAGAAGGCCUUGCGAGGCUGGUCCAAGACCCUCUGCUAUGUGAUCUGCCCAUUCAGGUUACCUUGGAAGAAAUCAACUCCCAGAUUGCCUUAGAAUAUGGACAGGCAAUUACAGUCCGAGUCUGCAAAGCUGAUGGAGAAGUUAUGCCAAUUGUAGUGGUGCAGAAUGCCACAGUUCUGGACCUGAAGAAGGCAAUCCGGCGGUACGUGGAGCUGAAACAGCAGCGGGAGGGAGGCAUCCAGUGCAUCGGCUGGAAGUACGUGUGGCGGACUUUUCAUCUUGUUUUCCAGGGAGAGAAGCUUGAAGAUGACAAGAUGAAACUGAAAGACUAUGGGAUCAAAAAUCGAGAUGAAAUUACUUUUCUGAAAAAGCUGAGGAAAAAGUGAACAUUGAUUGUUGCCUCAAUCCUCUCUACUGCAGUGGACUCCAUGACCCCUGAUGACUGUUGUGUUUGUAAUCAUGGAGACCUUUAUCUGCUGCUCGGUGCAUUUGGGAUGGAAAGUCAGUGACACCUCCUUGCAGACCCUAACUUUUUAAGACCUUGAUCUUCUUGGGGAAAUAAUUCCAAACAUUUCACAUUUGCAGAUGGUCCAUUAUUCAAAAAGAAAUGUGCACCCUUGUGUGAGUUCGGAGGGCCUUUCAAUUCCCAAACUGUGGUUGACAUCUGGCCAUUCAGCACAUCAGCCUUGUAUUGCCUUGAUGUGACUGAGCAGACCACCGUACAGCCUUAGACUUUGCAUUCCCUAGUCAAGUAGCGAGCGAUCAGUCUGGCAUCUUCCUGUCCGAGUUGUGGACUUCCACUCCACCGUUCGGUGAUUAUCAGGACUCUGAUGUCACUUCCAUUGAUGUAACCAACAAUCCUCUCUGAACUUGGACACCCUUCCACGCUGAGGAGCUGCUGUUCAUAGUUCUCGGUUUUAGGAACCUUUUUUUUUUUUCAAUAAACAUUUUGCAUUUCAGAAAUUUGGUUUGGUUGCCCCAAGGAUGCAGCCAAUUGAAAGAGGAGGAAAUUGAAACAUGGCAGUGUGAAUUGUGUUGCUCUGCAGGGUUGGUGUUGCCGGCCGUA